UCAUGUGCCUUAAGAGCCCCCAGCUGAGCCCCUUUGGCCCCCCACAGGCGCUGGGACAGAGGAGCAGAAGGAGGAGCAGUGCCAGCCCAGGGAAGAGCAGAGGGGGAUGCUGCAAGGGCCCCAAGAGGAGCCCCAGAGCCCCACGGUGGCCGUGGAGCACGAUGGCCAACAGCAGCCCCGUGAUACGCAAGGGAGCCGCGGAACGAGGAGAUCCCGAAAACGCUCUUUCAAACGGAAGUCCGGUGAAGACACUAAAGAAGACAGAACCCAACCACAGAGUCGCCCCAGAAGGAAGGAGCACAAGUGUGAGCUGUGUGGGAAGGUCUUCAGCUGUCGGAGCAACCUGACCCGUCACCGACGGAUCCACACGGGACAGAAGUCCUACAAGUGUGGGGACUGUGGGAAGAGCUUCACGCUGAGCGCGUACCUCGUUAAUCACCAGAGGACACACACCCAGGAGAAGCCCUUUCUCUGCACCACGUGUGGGAAGCGCUUCUCCUGUAAGGCAUACGUCACCAUCCACCAUCGCAUCCACAAGGGAGAGAGACCGUUCCCCUGCUCCCUCUGCGGGAAGAGCUUCCGGGCAAUGUCUUAUCUCAGGAGGCAUCAGCGAUCCAACCACAAUGGUGAGCCCUUGGGGGAGUGUUAA